AUGCGACGAAAAGAGAUAUUUUUCCUCGGACUUCUGCAGACUGUUUCUUCUGCGAAACGAUUCAAAACGAAAGCGGAGAAAAUCGAGAAACAGUUUGGAGAGACAGAUGCUGACGAUAUCAUCUUCACAAAAGCUCAGAUCGAAAAGAUUCAAGAGUUGAAUAUCUUGGAGUCGCUGAAUUUUGACAUUUCGAGAUUGAGGACGUUUCCGAACGAAACAGAGCCAGCAUCGAGAAAUGUGGCGAACAGAAAUCUUUACGAUAUCUGGGAUCAGCAUGUUGAUGAUAGAGGAAAUAAGCUGGUGCACUUUGAAUUCAGUGAGACCAUGAAUAAGAAAGACAGAAAAUUAAUCCAGGCGGCGAUGCAGGAAAUUGAAGAUGCUAGUUGUAUAAGAUUUGUGCCGAGAUGGAAUGAGCCGGACUACCUACGAAUUUUUCAAGGGUAUGGCUGCUGGAGCUUUGUUGGCCGAAAAGGAGGCGAGCAACAGAUCUCUAUCGGCUCUUGUAUCCGUCGACAUGGCUCCGUCGUCCACGAAUUUCUCCAUGCUCUUGGAUUCUUCCACGCGCAAUCUCGCCCCGACCGCGACGAGUACAUCGAAGUGAGAUGGGACAAUAUCAAGGAGGGUGUUGAGCCAAACUUCAUGAAGUUGAACAUGCGAGAAUGGUUCAAUAUGUCUACUCCUUAUGAUACUAGGAGUGUGAUGCAUUACUCAGGUCUUGCUUUCGCAAAAGAUAGAAGAAUUCCAUCGAUUGUCGAUUUGAGCACCAACAAGCCCGUCGUCGCUCAACGUGAUGGCAUGUCGAAAUGGGACAAGGCGAAGCUCUGUAUCCUUUACCAGUGCAAUUCGUGUCAAGUUUCCAACGCUAAGUUUACUUGUGGGUCCCAGAUCAUCCACAAGAACAAACUUUGUGACGGAUCCAUUGACUGCGACCUUGGCCAAGACGAAAACUGCUACCGAAGAUGUUGCGAUUCAAUGAAGAUAUCGCAUAACAACGAAGAUCACUAUUUGAUGCGACAUAUUUACACCGACUCUGAAGAGGGUGCGAAAGACUUCUACGAGAAUAGACAUGGCCAAAAAAUCUUUGCGACAGAAGGCCACUGGGUAUUUGCUGAUCAAAAUGGUGAAGAAGUUUUCAGCUGGGAAUCAUUCUCCAGUUGUCCAACGGAUAUUGUUGAAGAAGGCAGAUCCGUUCAAUGCGCUGAUGUUUUCACUCCGUGGUCUAUGUGGAGUUCAUGUGAUCCAGAUUGCUACGACGGAGUGAGGAGUCGAGAAAGAAGCUGUGCUGUAAGCGAAGCCUGUCAGGAUGAUGACCAAAUCCAGCAUGAGGCAUGUACGCCUGCAAAAUGCGCAGAAAUGGCGACAGCACAGGCAACUACCACGUCUACGUCGACAACGACUACCACCCCAGAUGAAGAAGAUGAAACUGAAGAAGAUUUAACUCCAAGCGAUUCCGCUGGAUCAAACCCAUUUGGGCCUCCCCAGCCACCACCUGCGCCUCCUAAAUCCACCACGACACCAAAAAAGACUACAACGACGACUUCUACAACGACUACAACAACAAAGUCAACAACAACGACAACCACAACUACAACGAAAACGACAACAACUACUAAGAAAACAACAACUACCACUACACGCAAGUCAACAACAACAACAAAAGAGACAACCAGUACAAGCAAAGCAUCAACAACAACCACAACGAAGGAUGUAAGCGUUGUUCUUGCAGCUGAUGGGACAACUGUGACGGAUUGCACAGGAAAAAAUCUUUUUGAUUCUUUCAUAAUUGACGAUUCUGUGGAACUCUUCGCUUGUGAACCAAAGAUCUGCAACGUCAGAUGUAAACAUCCAACCGCUCGAGUCGAACAUCCAGGUAUUCGAAGCACGGGAAAUAUUGUCUGUCGAACACGAAUCGGAAGUCCGGGAAGAUGGAGACCAAAAGUCAAAGUAACUCCGUCGGGUUUUAUCAAUAAAGUCCUGGUGAAGUGCUCCGGGGGCACUGGAAUCAAACCGACUACGACAAAAGCUACAACGACGACAACGGCCGCUUCAGGACCAGCGGAUGGCGCUGGAAUUACAUUUGGCCCUCCUGCAACUACAACAACUAAAGCAGUGCAAAACACCUCCACUUCUUGCGGCGAAGUCAGAUCAAAGCUCAAGGUCGCCGAUGAUGUUCAAAUCAACUGCAAAGGAAAUACAUGUAAAUUCGCGUGUGAUGACUCAAGCAAGUUCAUUUCCCGCCAACUUGUCUCCUGUAGAAAAGGAAAAUACACUCCAAAACAUGCUGUCAAAAGACAAAUCAGGUGCGACGUUCAUCCAUCAUGUGGAAAUGUUGAAAACUUUUUUAAUUACGAUUUGACGGAAAUGGAUGUGAUUUAUCGUCAAAGCGAAGAUAAAAAUUCAUUGGGAGAUGCUUUCUUCGAACCAGAAUAUAAAAUCGUCGCCUACAAGCAAAAAGCACCCGGAUACACUAUUGGGCGAAUGAUGGUUCCUCCCAAAUUCGCCCGUCAAUUUACCGAAGACAUCACUGAACGAGGAUAUAAAGUGACUUGCCAACCAAAGAAAAAGUCUGCUAGGUGGACCGGAACAGUUCAAAAGCAUCUGAAAUGCGAGAAAAAAUAA